AUGCAGAAAUAUUUACCAAAGAUCAAAUGCCUAAUUGCACACUUCAAAGGCUUCGAAGUAGAGAGACUCCCCAGAUCACAGAAUGAACAGGCCGACGCCCUUUCCAAAUUAGGAAGCGCCAGGCAACAUGAAAUGAAAAGAUUUGUUCUGUUGGAAGUAAAACAACAAAGUGCAAUCCAUGAAAAUGUAACAUCAGUCUUCACAAUCAACAAAUUGAAUCUUUCCCCAUGGAUUGAAGAGAUGUUGAAGUAUAAAGAACAGGGUGAGCUACCAAUAGAUCCUACCAGGGCCAAGAAGAUAAAAACCCUGGCACCCCAGUUCAUAAUCGUCAACAAUGAGCUGUAUAAAGUAACUAAGAGUGGUCUUCUGCUGAAGUGUGUUACCCCUAAAGAAGCUGAGUACAUUCUAAGAGAGAUCCACGAGGGGGUCUGUGGUCAUCACCAAGGGGCAAAGUCUCUGGCGCACAGAGCGUUCAGGGCAGCAUACUACUUGCCAAACGCCCUCUCAGACGCGAAGAAUGGCUUGGACCUAUUAGGGCCAUUCCCUGUGGCCCUAGAAUGGGUCAAAUUCCUUAUAUUGGGUGUGAAUUACUUUACCAAGUGGGUAGAAGCAGGGUCUCUCGCUACAAUUACCUCCAGGAAGGCUAAAAAGUUUAUAUGGAAGCACAUCAUCACUAGAUUUGGGUUACUUAUUGUCCUGACGAUGGACAAUGGAAAGCAAUUUGAUUGUAAUACCUCAAAGGAAUAUCUCAAUGACUUCAAGAUUAAUGUUGCAUAUUCAUCAGGUAGAUGGUCUGAGGUUCUGUAUGAUGUAUUAUGGUCACUCAGAACUACUUCCAAAGAAGCUACAGGGCAGACUCCUUUCAGGCUUGUACAUGGCAAAGAGGCUCUACUUCCUGUUGAAAUCGGUGUACCAACUCUGCGUACCCAGUGCUAUGAAGAAAAUGAAAAUCAAGAAUUAAGGCUGCUGGACCUUGAACUCAUUGAGGAAGUACGAGAAGAAGCUGCUCUAAAAAUGGCAGCCUACCAGAACAGGGUUGCAAGAUUGUAUAAUAGGAAGGUUUCUCCCAACCUCGAGAAUCUAAAGGUAAUAGUUCGAAGAAGUCGUUCAACAGAAGAGCCUGAUCAAGGAAAUUUGUUACCUUAA